AUGGAGAAAAUCUCGGGCGAUUGUCUUUCCUCCUCUCUUUUCUUCUUGUCGAUUCACUCCGUGGAUUCUGCCCUUUACUGUCAACACGCUGCAACUUGUAUUCCAACUACCAGUAACACUCCACCGUCAACAACCAUGCCUCUCCCUACCGGUGUGUACAGAGCCGACCACGUCGGUUCCUUCCUGCGCCCCAAGAACGUCCUCGAAGCCCGCACCAAAGCCGCCAACGGCGAGAUCAGCGCGACAGAACUCCGCAAAGUCGAAGACGCUGCCAUCUCCGAAGUUGCAAAGAGGCAGAUUGAAAAUGGCCUCCGGUCCAUCACCGACGGCGAGUUCCGCCGCGCAUACUUUCACCUUGACUUCCUAAAACAUCUUGAUGGUAUCGAAGAGAAGGGCCAGGUCGGAAAUAUCAGACACAAGGAUGGCUUCAGCCCGCCAACCCUCGUGGUCAAGGGAAAGCUUGGGCAUCCCAAGGCGAUCCAAGUCGAGGACUUCCGAUUCCUUGAGCAAGCCAUCAAGGAUAAUGGCGGUCAAGCGACAACAAAAGUCUGCAUUCCCUCCCCGACCAUGGUGCACUUCCGCGGUGGCCGCGCCAGCAUCGACGUCUCCGCCUACCCCGACCUCGACAUCUUCUUCGCAGAUCUCGCUCGCGUAUAUCAAGAGGAACUCGCCUCCCUGUACGAAGCUGGCUGCCGCUUUGUACAGCUAGAUGACACCAACCUGGCCUACCUGUGCGACCCGGACAUGCGCAAAGCUGCCGAACAAGAGCGCAACGAGGACCUGUCCACCCUUCCUCGCAAAUACGCAGAGUUGAUCAACGCAGCAAUCAGCAAGCGUCCCGCCGACAUGAAGAUCGGUAUCCAUCUUUGCCGUGGCAACUACCGCUCUAAAUGGUUCGCGUCAGGUGGCUACGAACCCGUCGCAGAGGUCCUGUUCAAGGAGCUCAACGUGGAUGCCUACUUCCUCGAGUAUGAUGAUGCGCGGUCCGGCGACUUCAGCCCGCUGCGCCAUCUCCCAGAACACAAGGUUGUUGUGCUGGGUGUUAUGAGCAGUAAGAAGAACACGCUGGACGAUAAGGAAGAGAUCAUCAAGAGGCUUAACGAAGCCGCGGCUAUUGCACCAAAGGGCCUGGACCAACUCUGUGUGAGCCACCAGUGUGGGUUCAGCAGUACGGCUGAGGGCAAUGAGUUGACAGAGGACGAGCAGUGGGCAAAGGUUAGGCUGAGUGUCGAGAUUGCAAAGAGUGUCUGGGGUGAGGAUUUGACGAAAUAA